GGCUAUUGUGCCAGCCAGUGGAUUUUCGUGAGGAGAGGAAUCAGUCCUCUCGAUAAUUUUUUUGGCAAAAGGCCGUGUCGUCGUGUCUCCCAGACCAUUAUUGUUGUGGAGGAAGACAUUUUACUCAAUUUUUCGUCUGGCUGCAAGUACGUUCAGUGCCAAUUUGGCCCAUUCAGGUCGAAAAAUUCGUACUUCUCAUCAUGCUCAGGGUUCGUCAGUUGUUGUUGGUGGCGAAGGAGUGAGGAAAUCUGGAGGUUGGCUGGUCUGGAGUUGGUGCAGUGAGAGUUGCAAAAAGCAACGUGGUGCAACUCUCCACCUGUCCAUGAUUGUUAUUGCGAUUUAUUCCUUUCACAAAAAUUUAUAAUUCCCAGCUGCAAACUAAAGAAAUAGUUUAUUCGGUUGAAAUUAGUGGUUGGUGUGAUUCGACAUUGAAGCAAGCCGACGCAGGUUGAUUCAAUUAUUUACUGGGCACUUUUGUUGUUUUAUGUGGAGAUACAUGUACGUAUCACGUAUUACUUGUGACUGUCACGUGGUAAUGAGAGUAGAUUGAUACUAGUGGAAGAUAAUUAUCAUUUUCAUUCACUUCUUUUUACCAUGAUCAUCGUCAGCCACAGUUUGCGAUCAGCUGUGGCUGUGAUAGUGUCAACUUCUUGUGUGAUUAAAUAUUAAUACAAAUAUAAUUCUGUGCAACGAAUUGGAAACAAUAGACUUUGGAAUUUGGACUAAAGCAAUAUUUGUAAAGACUUUAUAGUAGUAGUGCAUAGAAUCGUACAACGUUUGAACUGACAAAUUGUCAGUGAUAAUAGUUUUUAGUGAAUAGAAGGAAUACAUUUUUAGUGUUUGUAUUUAAUUCUUCCAAGUUGUGGUAUCGCAAUCGUGUAUCUAUUACUGACGUAAAUAAAUCUACACACAAGAUCUGGGCCGUGAUGACGCCUGCAUUUCAGAUGCAAAUCACUAUUUCAACAAACUACAACAACACUCGAAAGAGUUUCAAGAUUACAAAAAUCAAAAUAUCAAGUUUGGUUUUUGAUCAAACGCAAAUUAAGAUCAAGAGUUGAGGUUAACGAACAACUAGUGAGGUUAAUUGGUGUUUAUUAAUACGUGCUACAGUGCACACCUAGUGGUUUUCACCAAAAGUGGAAGAUUUAGGAUUUAUCAAUGUAUCCUCCUCCUCUUUCACUUAAGUGGUGAUCAAUUUUACGUACUCGAGUUGGUGCGAAGAUUAGGAAUACGAGAGAGACAAGAACAAGACGGAUAUGGGAAGUAAAGUCCGAGGACCCAGCGGUGCUUCGUUAUAUGGCCGACUCGCACCAGAGGAACAAUUGAUGUCUUCUUUGGCUGGUAGUUGUGGCGUGCAGCUGGGGACAACCAAUGUUCUCGGAAUUAUGGGAAUGGCAGUACCCGUGCACACUAACCCUAAUAGUUCUUCAGGACUUGUCAUGAACAUGAACGCCGUGGCUGCUGCUAGUGGUGGUAGUGUUUUUCCUCAUACACCAGCUGGAGUAAAUUUAAACACAAAUGUUGUUGUGAGUGGUGCUGUUGCUCCUAAUGUGGGUGUAGGAUCAAAUACGGUUGCAGACAUGCAAGCAAUGCAAGCCAGAAUCCCAAAGACGUUCCGGGACCCAUCGGCUGCACCACUGCGAAAACUAAGUGUUGAUCUUAUCAAAACCUACAAGCACAUCAAUCAGGUUUACUUUGCCAAAAAGAAGCGACGAGCCCAACAGCAGGGAGACGAUGCCGGAAACAAGAAGGAGAGAAAGGUUUUCAGCAAUGACGGAUACGACGAUGAUAAUCACGACUAUAUUAUUCGAAACGGAGAAAAAUUCUUGGACAGAUAUGAAAUAGACUCAUUGAUCGGCAAGGGUUCAUUUGGACAAGUCGUCAAAGCUUAUGAUCAUGAAGAUCAAUGUUUGGUUGCUAUCAAAAUUAUCAAAAACAAGAAACCAUUCCUUAAUCAGGCACAAAUCGAAGUAAAGUUGCUGGAAAUAAUGAACAAAGCUGAUGCGGAUAACAAAUAUUAUAUAGUGAAAUUGAAACGACACUUUAUGUGGAGAAGUCAUCUUUGUCUGGUCUUUGAACUAUUGUCGUACAAUCUGUAUGACCUACUCCGAAAUACAAACUUUAGAGGAGUGUCCUUAAACCUGACGAGAAAAUUCGCCCAGCAAUUAUGUACAGCUCUUUUGUUUCUUGCAACCCCAGAGUUGAAUAUCAUUCACUGUGAUCUUAAGCCAGAAAAUAUCCUAUUGUGUAAUCCCAAGCGUUCUGCUAUCAAAAUUGUGGAUUUUGGAAGCUCGUGUCAACUUGGACAACGGAUAUACCAGUAUAUCCAGUCAAGGUUCUACCGUUCACCUGAAGUUUUGUUGGGCAUUCCAUAUGACCUAGCAAUAGAUAUGUGGAGUUUGGGAUGCAUACUUGUCGAAAUGCAUACAGGAGAACCCUUAUUUUCUGGUGCUGAUGAGGUUGACCAAAUGAACAAAAUUAUCGAAGUGUUGGGACACCCGCCCAAACAUCUAUUGGACAUUGGACAGAAGGGUCGAAAAUUUUUUGAUAAGAUGCCUGACGGAAGUCACUCAUUAAAAAAGACUAAAAAUAACCGGAAAUAUAAGGCGGCCAGCAGUCGACGUUUACACGAUAUCCUUGGGGUCGAAACUGGGGGUCCAGGAGGUCGUCGGACAAACGAACCUGGACACUCUGUUCAAGACUACUUACGAUUUAAAGAUCUUAUUCUGAGAAUGCUGGACUUUGAUCCCAAGACACGAAUUACACCUUAUUACGCCUUGCAGCAUAAUUUCUUUAAGCGAACAAAUGACGAAGGGACUGCAACAAAUAUGGGAAACCCUUCUCAGGGAUCUAGUUCCAGCCCAUCCAAUAUGGAUCGAUUACAGCAGUUAUCGGCAUCUGGAGGUCACCACGGGUCGAUUGGCGGGGGAAAUAAUGUGAUUGGCUCUUCUGGGACUGGGUCAAGAUCGCACCAUGGAGGGUUAAAUCAACAUAAUCACCACAUCCCCCAAGCCAUUGGGUCAUUCAAUCAUGCAAAUAAUUCUUCAAUCAGUCAGUUUCUUUCGUCAGCAAAUUCGUCAUCUGCUGGUGGUAACCAUCAAAGUAAUAGCUUGCUACUACAAUCACAUGGUGCAACCUCAAUCGACAUGGAAUGCGAGUCCCCUCGACUGAAUACAGGAGGAGGAGGUGGCGGUGGAUUGUCAUAUCAUACAAGAAGUAUGGGCCCUGUUGCAAUGUCUUUAGCAAAUCACUCUUCUUCUCACCUUCUCAAUAUCUCGUCAGGAUUGUCGUCAGGAUCUUCCGGUCGAAAUCCACCUCCUCAUAUUAUUCCAUCAUCUUUGCUAGAUAGUGGAGCCUCCAGUUCCUUAACUGGGAGAUACGGUGGUGGGGGUUCCAGUAGUAGCGGCGGCCCUUCUUCACUUCCUGUCAAUAUAGACUUUUCAAACUCAUCUGUAACCAACUUUCCUGGUUAUUUGAACAUGAAUCUCAACAAUGGUCCUCCUCCACCAACUUCAAGUUUGGAGUGUACACAAACUGGAAGUCUAAACAUGCCAUUAAUGGGCGGUAUUAUCACAAGUGGAGGAUCAUCCGCUUUCAACAUGAACCUCAACCUUACGGGACUUCCUCCUCAUCAUCUUGGCUCCAGUCUGAACUCUACUACUGGACUUGUCUCUUCAAUAAGUAGUCAAAAUAUGCAACAAUCAUCAUCUUCUGGUGGUUAUCCACCUCCUCCAAGUCAGUUUUUGGGAAAUAUAUUACCAUCGUUUAGUUCUGUGUCGAAUACAAGUACUGUUGGUUAUACGGGAAGUAGUAGCAAUAGUGUUCCAAGGGGUGGUUCAGAAUCUGGAAGUAGUGCAAGCAGUGCUGACCUAGGUAUUAGUAACUCGGGGAGUGGAGGAAAGUCGAAUAAUUUACUCUUGUCCUUGUCAUCACGUGGUGGGAGGCAAGGCACGGUGAACAGUUCUGAAGAGGAUAGAGAUAGAGAUGACUCUCCAAUGGUCUGUCAACAAAGCCCAGUUGCAAGUCAUUAACAAGACUUGAUAAUAGAUGCUCAAUCAGUAAUUUUAAGAUUGUCUAAUAAUAAUUAAUAAUAAUAAUCAUAAAUUUCAUAAAAUAAUAUUUAAUGUAACUGUAGGACUCACUACAUAUAGGACGACGCUAUGACCUAUAAUAUACAACCAACUUGCGGUUAAAAACAAAAUUGAACAAUCGUAACUUUUGUAGCUUCAUUAAGGUUUUGUAGAUACGCUUUCUGUAUCAAUUUCAAACUAAAUUGUUACUCGGUGUAUUUAAAUACGAAUAUUAUGAAUUUGGUUGACUACACUUCAAGCCAUUCAAGCUCCUAUUUACAUGUACUACUACAUAUAUACCAGCUCACUGACGAAUACAAAAAAAGAAAUGACAAAAGUUAUCCGUCGUAGACUCGUUUAUUUGUUACUCAUUACGUUGUUGCGUUUUUUUUGACACGGGAAAUCUUUUUGAUGUAUUUUUGUUGGUGUUAUUUCCUAAAUAACUUUUGUUCUCUAAUAAUACCAGACUGGUAUGUUAUAUACUAUGUGCAUCAUCAGCAGUUGGUAAAAGAAAUAAGUAAUUAAGAAUACGCAAAAAUACGUAAAACAGAAAAGAAGACAUUAAAUAACUCUCGGCUCUCGCACCUACAUUACAUAGUUAAUACCAAUCGUGAACGUAUCGCAGUCUAGAAAUGCAAAAUUAAAGAGAAAUGAAAAUGCUCGAUGUCGAUAUAAAAUAGACCUACUACUACUUUGUACAUUUGUUCUGUUAUGCAAAGUUGUGAAUCAGUAUCAAUUUAAUAUUGUAAUCUGAGUAUCAAGUAUCGCAGCUAAUAAUGAAAGAAAAAUAACAUUUUUAUAUUUACACCUCCAAACGAACCAAAAAGUUGUUUCUCUUUCCUGUUUUUUGUCGAAUUAUAUCAGUGAAUGAUGAAUUAAAUUUAGAAACCAUAAACGCUUAAGUGAGAAGAACAAGACACUAUAAACACACCUGCUCUCCUCCUCUUCUUUUCUAUUUCAGUUGUAAUAUUGUUGUUCAUUUAAACUUUAUUAUUUUGUUAAACAGUCUUUAUUGAAUGUUUGUAUCUAAACAAAGCCUAGUUUAACUUUUCCGUAAAAAAAGACAAGCAUUGAGGAAAAGAAGAAGAAGCAAAGUAAGUUUUUGAGAAAGGUGUUUUGUUUGAACUGAAACUGUCCCUGGUCAUUAUUUGUAGUCGUUAAAACACUAGAAAUCGAAAGAGAAAGAGUGAAAUCCAAAGAAAAAGAAGUUUGAUAUUUGGAACGAUAAGUACGAUCUACAUAUAUCAAUGUGACUAUGUUAAAUGUGUUUUAUUAGUCAGUGUCAUUUGUGUUUGUUUGUUGUAGCAAUGUUUUAUUACUGAGUUAAUUGUGUUUGCAUGCAUGAUUAUUACUUCAUCUAUAUUAUACAUAUAUCAUGAUCAUUAAACCUUGCUAAAUAUGUUUGGUUUCAAUGUCAAACAAAUUUGAUAGACUGUGUUGUUGUUGCUGUCGUUCGGUAUGUUAUUAUGCAUGUAGCAUCUCAAUUUUCUACUGUAGUACUGUUUUUACAUACUUUAAAAUAACGCAAAAAUUGUUUUUUUUCUGAUAUAAAUGACAACCAUUUUUGUUUUGUA